ACAAUCUAUAAUCAACGUUUGAAGAUCCAUAUUGCGCAAAGUACGAACAAACACGUGAUAACUGUCCGAGGCGAGGGAAGCGAACCUAAAGUAGAGUUUACAUCAUCUGUUCUCGAAUUUGGACCAAUCCUCCCACAUUCGUUUGGAGACGAGAAAGAAGUCACCGUGCAAAAUCCUUCGUCGUUUCCAGUUGAGAUAUAUUCAUUGGAGUUUGAUAAGCAGUAUUUAGAAGAAGAGAAGGUGAGUGAACUUUAAUUUAUCUGUGCCACAAAUUCCUAAAUACCCCUUUCCUAAUUAGCCCACUUUUAAAAGGAAGACGUUUGUUAUGCCCUCUCUCUAAUGAAUCCCCUCAUAAUUCCCCGUUCUACCCUCUCUAAUAGGCCUCCUCUCUAAUAAGCACCCUUUUUAAUAUAUGGCCUUCACUAAUAUAUCCUGUUCCAAAUAAUGUCCCUGUCUGUCCUCGGUAAUAGGGCUCCUCUCUAAUAAGCUCCCUCUUUAAUGGGGUCCUUCACUAAGGAAAUGCUGUGCUGAGUGGUUAUAUUACUACCUUAAAAAAUAAGCAGAAACUCGACGUUUCGAGCGAAGGCCCUACGUCAAGAGUUAGGGUACCUUCACUAAGGUACCCUGUUUAUAAUAAUGCCCCCUUUCUGCCCUCUCUAAUAGGCUUCCUGUCUAAUAAGCCCCCUCUUUGAUAUGAGGACCUUCACUAAUAUGUCCUAUUUCUAAUAAUGCCCGACAGAGUUUUAGCGACGGUAAAGUUAUUCUCAGUAACCUACUGAUAUUGUAAACCGACGACAAUCAAUUUGUUUCUUCUACUAUACAAACGGAAUACAGAGAUCAUGAAGUUUACCGUUCCGUUCCCCUGCUGGCAGCUCAGUUGAUUAGAGCGCUGCAUCGGAAUAGCAGUGCCGCAGCAGGUUUGAUCCCUGCCAGAGGGCUUAUAGUUGCUUUUUCGCAACCGCUCCUGAUAGGUCAAUAAGGUAUAUAAAUUUGGGUUCGAAAUUUCAUUUACAAGAUACCCAAUCUACUAGUAGUGCCUUCGAGCGAGAUGUCCAAGGGUUGGAAUUUUAAACAUUUUUAGUUGCCCAAGUAUCUAUUAGUGAAUAGAUCUGGUCGCUAAAUUUAGUAUCAUGUCUCCCUAAAUUAAUGUGUUAUGAAAUAUUCUCUUUAUAUAGAUAACAUAAAAACACAAUUGUUUAAUUUAUUGACAAACUAUAUGCAAAAGCAGAAUGAAAUACUUGAUCAUUGAGAUAUUUUAUAGCUUUUUCUCAGUCGCUACGCAGACUAAUGUCUGGUCGCCAGAUGAAUUGCCGCAAUUUGCAACCGCUCACUUCAACCUUUGUCUCCAUCGACUAUGCCCUAACUAUAGCUUUUGUUUACCACUUAUAGAUCCUGCGAGCAAUGAAAGGUUAUGAUGAAUGCAACACAAUUCUCCUGCCUCCACGUAAAGCUGGCGAUCAACUUCCUGCAGAACUUUCUCAGCAUUUUUACGAACAAGAGAAAAGCAAGGAAGAGGAUGAGAAGAAAAGAGUUGAAGAGGCUGCUAAAUUGUUUGAUGAUCAGUUGAAGAGUAGUCAGAUGGAUGUCGGGACGUCGCCUCAUUCCGAACUAUCACAUUCUGGUGUUGAUGAAGAAACUGCUGUAGAGGAUCCCACCAAAAUUCCGCAGGAAACUGCUGACAUCACAAAAGGUAUUUACCAUGCCGUGAAAAAAUUUCUAUCUGCGAUCACUGGGACAGAGCAAAACAAUUUCUGCCAGUGCUUAGGCUUGUGACUGAGUUGACAUGAACCGAAAGCGAGCAUCAAUAUCGGGUCUGUCACAAUAACAAAAUUGCCUAAUUUAUGUACUAUAUAUUGUUUAAGUGGAUAAAUAUAUCCUGCUCCCGAGGGAAAUAGUUUUGUUUUCCCUAACAUUAAGCGCAUGUUUUGUUAUAUAGCGGCGUAAGAAAAAUCAACAACAUUCAUACAACAAUUGUGUUUCAUGACAAAAAGUCAAAACAAAAUCAACGAAAUUCAUACAACAUCUAAACUGGUAUAAAAUUAUUAUAAUUAAAUUUCUCCACCCAAACCCCUGUUGACUUUAUGUUGUUUUCACUUUUUUCCACUAUAAUCCAAAAAUAUUCGGUUCGUACUGCUGGUUCCCGUCCCCUCAGGGACCAACCAAAAUGCCACAUUUUGCAGAUUGAUCAGUGAUGGACCGCCUUGCCAUUUAAUAACUAUAUGAUUGCAUGUUAUUUGUGUGUGUUGGUGUUAUGUACUCAGGUGAAUGUGAUGUUCGUGAUGUUACUCUGAGUUUGCAUCCACACCGGGCAAACCUGACCACGGUGGGAAGCGAGCCCGCGACCUUUGCGAUUCUAGUUCAAUACUCUACCAACUGAGCUACGAGGUGAAGUCGGUUCAGAGCAUUGGACUUGUAUGAGUUGUAUCCCAUAGAUCGCGGGUUCGAUUCCCACAGUGGUCAGGUAAACUUUUCAGCUUGCCCGGUGUGGAUGCACACCAAGAGCUACCUCCUCCGCAGGCCUUUCAAAAAAAUAAAAUUGGUGGGAAACGAACGGACAGGCCUGCGGACUAUAAAUUUUCCAAAAUGGCGGAGUCACAAACCAAAUUAUAUUUAAUAUAUCAUUUUACCAGAACAAUAUUAUUAUUAAAGUCUUCUGAUAUAGACCGCUUUUCGUAUUCGCAAUAUACAUAAAAAACAGUGAACACUGAACAAAUAAGCAUAUAUAAUGAUUUAUAAAGAGAAGCAUAUAAAUAUCAGUUUAUAAUUUGCAUAUUACAAACACGCAGCGCUUUUAUGUUUAAACACGUCGUAUAUCAGGCAUGCGACCGUUUAUCCACGAAAUUUAUUCCAUUUAUAUUUGUCUUUUAUACAGUGUAACUAUUUAAAUGCGUGUGUAUAUAAUCAAAACAUCCCAUUUGGCCAAAUGAUAGAUUCACAACGUCUAUUGUCACUGUCGCUUAUGCUUGUAAAACCCUCCAUUAUUUGAAUCUCCUCGUCGCUUUUAUCAGCCAUAACUGCCAAGAUGUAUUUAGAAAAUACUCGCAAAACGGGAUUGCUAAAGAUUGGCAGACGAUGUGCCAUAUUUUUGAAGAAAUUUGAUCCAACCGAGUAAUCGACACUAUAAGCCAAGUAAUCGACAUGUUAUUCAGCAGGCCUUACAGCUACGCAAGCCUUCGUCUCAAAUUUCAAAUUUAAACCUGCGAACGGGCAUACUCAUUACGGGCUGUAGGCCUGCGGAGGAGGUAGCACCAAGAGUAAAGCCCUGUUUAAACGGAUCCAACAUUGUUGGGCCAACAUCAUCCAACAUUGUUGAAAUAAUGGCUCAAACGGCUUCUUUUUCAAAUAUUUUGUUAAGACUAGGUUUAGGGUUUGAGUAAAGCUUAUCUAACCAAAAAGAUUUGAAAGAGAAGCGGUCAUAUCUAGUAUAGUAACAUUGUUGGAUGAUGUUGGUCCAACAAUGUUGGAUCCGUUUAAACAGGCCUUAACAUCACAAACAUGAUAUGAUUGCAUGUUAUUUGAAAAUUUUCGCGAAGUGUGUGUGUGUGUGUGGGGUAUUUUGGGGGGUAUCCUAUAGAAUUUUUCCUUUCUACUUUAGCGGAAUCUGAGCCAGAGAAAACAGACGUUGGUGAACUAGAGAUCACACCUGUGUCAGCAGCUAUAGCUAACUAUAUAGGUAUUGAUCUAUCCCCUGAAGGCCGCGCUGCAAGAAAUAGACGUGGGAUAUCCAUUGUUGUACACGGAGCACCGUUAUCUGGCAAGACAAACACGGCUAUUGAACUGGCGAAGAUUUAUAAUGCUGCUUUAUUCAAUGUCGAUGCUGUUGUUACUGAAGCGAUACAACUGGGAACGUCUACCGCAGGUAAUUUAUAAUUUGUGAACAAUCAGAUGUUUAAAGGCACAGUUCAGCCUGUUGAAUGAUGGUUUUUAAGGCGCAUUCCAGCCGUUUUAAUUGAAAAAAACACAACUAACUAGGAAAAUCAAUUAUGCAUAAUUCAAGAUCAGUAAACUCAAUGUUUUUAACAAUAAAAAUGUUUUAAAUGUUAAAAACAUUAAGUUUGCUGAUCUUGAAUUACCUUAUUAUAGGAAAUUAACGAUGCACUUUAUUAACGCGACAUAAAUUAACGCGACAUUAAAUUAACGCGGAUUGCUUCUAGGUCUUUUAAAACAUGAUUAUAUUAACGCGAAUCUGAUCUCCAUGGUUGACAAAUUAAUUAAAUUAACGCGAAUCGGAAAAUAUAGACACAACAACAACAAAUGUUUAAUGUUAAGAGGAGCACUGAUGUUUUUAGUUUACGUUAAUAUGUUGUAUUUUGAUAUUAAAAGAGUUACGAUCUUGGAAAAAAUAUGUUUUCGAAAUAUACACCCAAAUUUGAAAACAUAUGAUGAAAAUGUGAGCAUUUUUCAAUUAAAGCAACUAUUAACCUUAAAUUCCCCUCUCCCCACAAACAAUGUUGGUUCAGGUAAAGUGGAUUUGCAACACAUGUCACCUAAAUACCAACAUUGUAUAAGGGGGGAGAGGGACAAAGUUUGAAAAUUUAAGAAGUCUACUAAUUUUUUUCCAGGAUUGUAGUGUUAUAUAAAACAAAUUUAGGUAUUUUUAACUAACGAUAAAUGAAAAUUACAUACUUAAAAUUAACGAUCACAUAAAUUAACAUUAAUUAAAUUAACGCGAAUUUUUAAAAUCCGCGUUAAUAAAGUACAUCGUUAAUUUCCUAUAAUAAGGUAUGCUUAAUUGAUUUUCAUAGUUAGUUUUUUCAAUUAGAAGAGCUGAAAUGCGCCUUAAAACCAUCACUCAAAAGGCUGAACUGUGCCUUUAAAGGCUUAGUUGUGCUUGUCAUCUGCCGGACCUGAUGUAAAUUAUGUAAACUCAUUGUUUGUAAACUCACGAGAAAACUCGUAUUGCAAUGCAUUUAGCCAAUGAGACAAGCCAAACAAUUUUCUCACACUUAAAAAAACCCCGUUUCGUCCAAUCAAAUGAUACAACGAUGACGUAUGGGCAAAUUCACUUACGGCAGGAAUUUUCCGCGCUGUGUUUGAUUUUAUUUAUUUCACUUGAAACGGAACGUAAGUAGCAUCGCUUUAUAUCGAUUUUUAUUCAAUGUUUUUUAGUGUGCAUAUAGUUAUAGGGGUUUUUUUUCAAUAUAAAUAUUUGGCUGAGAAGACUGAGCGACUUCGAAAAGAUUGCUUUACAAUAAUUUAUUCUCAUUUAAUUUGCACUGCAGUGAAACACUAAAAAAUACUGGAUACAAUAGUCUUGCAAGUAGCUAAUCGCCAUUGUAUGCGUUUAUUGAGGACGCUAAAGCUAAUACUAAAGUUAGUACCUCAUCUUUACCCCAACUCUCGGCUGGAUGGGAAUGGGAAUGUCUUCGAAAUAGGAACAUCUUACUUUAUACAAAUGUAACUAACACGGAACGUUUCAAAUAAAAAAAUUCCGGUUAUGACUAAACUAAAUAAUCAAAUUUAGAUAGUUCUUAAUUGUAAAUAUAAUGUAAUUCACCUUUUGGUGUGAUUUUGUAUAUUUUUGUUCAAAAACUCAUUAAUAAUUCAUGAGGAAAACACAAAGAGGAAUCAUAAGCGUGUCGUAUCUUUACAGGUGGUAGAGAUUUCCCUUGAUUUACAUAAACUUUAAUGAUUUGAUUUUCUCGACUUGCCCAGCGUAUUUUUUGAAAAUUACUUCGUCAAUGAACAUACUAGAUCGAUCGCAGUGUGUGUAUUAUCAGACCUAAAGAUACUCGGCUUCGCCUCGUAUCUUUAUAUCUGAUAAAACACUGCUUCUCUUGUUUUAAAGAGUACAUAAAGCCAAAUCCAGAACAUUGUAGACAAUUAAACUCGUGUUUCAUAUAUGGGAAUAUAAUAUAAUUAUAGCGUGUGUUUUCAGGGCUGCUAUUUGUUCUUGGUUUCUUACUCCAGGUAUUCGUGCACGAGAACUGUGUGCCGCUUCUGCUAAGUCAGUCAAGGAGGCGGAAGAAGGCAAAGAGAACACAGUCACAGGAGCUUUAAGUGUUGAAGCGGUAGCCGCGCAUACUGCACAGACCUCGGGUCAAGCUGGAUUGCCCGGUACAGCAUCGGCUAUUGGAGUACAAGGAUCUGUCAAGGAAUCACGUCGUGCUACAAAUUACUUUGGCCCCAAAGGAAGUCAGGUGUCUAAGAAUCAACAGCAGGUGCAACCUUCUCCCCCGGCAAGUCCGCAAAGUGCUGAACAACCACCCCGAAGAUUGAGCGUGAGCGCCAGUGUAGCCGGGGAGGAUGGCAUGUAUUCUUGUAUAUUGCCUGAGGAUCUACUGGUUGAAAUAUUGGCUGAACGAUUACAG